UAUUAAUAGGGUUAUUUCCUCCAACCAUUUAGGGUCAAACUACAAGGGUUUCACGUGACCAUAUCCUAGUCCGUCUCAUUUUGUUGCUGUGGAGUCCACAUCUCUCUUCGUCUCCGUCUGUUUCUAUGUCCGUCUGUUUGUAUCAUAGCGCAGAUGAAGGGAAGUGAAGAAAACUGAUGCCGUCUCUGCGCGCGCGACACUAUAGGAUAAUUGGAGCGCGUGAGCUGGUGUGAUGCGUCUAAAGGUAUCGGGUCACUGGCCUUUCUUUCAGCCCGGCCGAUGACAAGAAGAAAUGAGCCAUAGUAAGUGCAGCAUCAGCUUUCAUUCAGCACUCCUCGUCAUCUGGCUCACACAGCCGUAUCAGUCGCGUGGAAUCAUCGUAUUCAACCGCAUUAUGUCCGGUGGCUCGUGCGCUGCAGGUGCUGGACGCUGUCUCGCGAUGUUCGGGCUGCUGGUCCUCGUGCAGAUGCCCGGGGCCCUGAUGUCCAACACGGAGAGCGACUGUUUGACUGAAGAUGACAAAGGAUGUGAAGGUAUGUCCGAGAAGAAAACUGACCUUCAUAUGUGUGAUGAAUAUAGUUGUUCUUUCGGAGGAAUCUGCAGGGACAACGGAUCACACCUGGAGUGUCUUUGUCAGUUUCAGUGUCCACAGAGUUUUGAUCCAGUAUGUGGAUCUGAUGGUGACACAUAUCAUAGUGAAUGUUUCCUAAGACAAACUGCCUGUGAACAGCAGACCAGAAUCACUGUAAUUACAGAAGGACACUGUCAUCCCGAUGCUGAAUCGGCAUCAGGAGAUACAGAUCUGGAGGGUUCAGGACUGGAGCCCAGCAGAUACUCUAAGUGUUCUAGCUGCAAGUUUGGAGCAGAGUGUGAUGAAGACUCUGAAGGCAUUUGGUGUGUAUGUAAUAUAGACUGCAGUGGAUAUAAUAUGAAUCCAGUUUGUGGAUCAGAUGGACAGUCAUACAGUAAUCCAUGUCAGAUCAGAGAAGCUUCCUGCUUGAAACAAGCUCAGAUUAAUGUCAAACACCUUGGGCAAUGUCCAGAUUCAGUGGUAUUAGUGGGCGGAGUCAGUGUGGGCGGAGCAAUGCCCUGUGCUGAAAUAAACAGCAGCUUUUGUGUGCAUGGAACAUGUGAGAUGAAAAAUGAUCUGCCAACAUGCAGGUGUGAUGUGGGGUUCUCCGGUGUGCACUGUGAACAAAGAGACUUCAGUGAGUUGUAUGUGGUGCCCAAUGGACAGAAGCUCCAGUACGUCCUGAUUGCUGUGAUCAUCGCUGCUGUACAGAUCAGCAUCAUCAUCGCUAUCAUAAUAUGCAUCGCAAGGAUUCAUCCAAAAAAGCCACGAGCCCAUCUUCAGAAACAGAACCUGGGUCACUUUCCCAAAGAUGGAGGACGCAGGAUUGUAUAGCUGCUGAUAACUUAAACAGAAACGCACAAACUGUUCACUCUUAAAACUGUUUUUUGUACCUUACCACACACUACUCAUCUACUCCCAUCACAUACACACUCCCCAAUAGCUUCUUCAUACUCAAACACUACACAUUCUCUGAAGCUUUUUAUAAUUUUAUAAUUUUAUCUUUCAGCAUUGAUAUUUCAGUGGCCUUAUUCCGCCUUGUCACCGAGAGUUUUUUUAUUUUAAAAUCUCUACAUUCCCAGUUUUCUCUCCUCUUCACAGUUUUGCUUUUUUCAUCUCUCUCCCUCACUUUCUUUCUAGUCCAAAUGCAGUAAAUCCACAUGGUGAAAUGUUUACAUUAAGUAGAUUAUUACAUUUUCUAAAGAAUAUUGGAGUGAUGCUUGCCACGCAAAACAUGCUAGCAUGAUUCAAGGGCAUUUGUAUGCAUAUUGUCAAGGAGAUUGUGUGCUAUUACUUUCAAAAGCUAUAAGAUUUAUGAUUUUCACUUGGAGGACAAUAUAAUGGGCAUACAAAUCCCAUAUUUGUAUUUAUACUGACUAAGAUACGGUGGCCGAGACAGCUCAACACGCUGCAACUGAAGAAAACAUGCAAAUAGAAAAAAAAACAGCAAAUUGAAGCUGCAAGCAGUGAUGAAAGGGCCCUCGCACCCAUGCCACCGCGACAACUUUGUCAGGCCACCAUGGACACGCCCUUCAACAAAAACUCUAGAGUUGCGUCCCAAAUGACUCACUAUACACUAUGCACUUAUACACUAUGUACUUAUGCACUAUGUACUCAUCCGUGUAGUACGUGAAUUGUAUAAGGUUAUUUUGUCAUUUAACAACGGAGUCUGAUCCUCCUCCCCCUCCACUACAUAAUUAAAGCUGCGACAGUUGAGUGCAUGAAGUGUCCAACAUUCCAUACUUCGUUUUUUUUCCGUUAAUUUAGUGCAUCAUCCGGGUAUUGAAAGUGCACUUUUCUUUUUGGAAUUUUCAGUGUGAACACACUACUUGCACUAUUUAUACUUAAAAACGUCAUGGAAUAGUGCAUAAGUACACAAAUUGGGACGCACCUUAGAUCUUCACAAAUUAACAUUGUAAAGGCCUUUAGAUUAGACUGACCAAAUAUGAUGUUGAUCUGAUUAAAGCUGUAGGAGGAGUUCGUUAAGUACAACAUCUGGAAAUGACAAAAACUGCAACAAUUUUGGAGAGAAAAUUUAAAAUAUCUUUUCAGAUUUUGCACCCAGGGGCUUUUUUGUAGGUAUUGGGCUAUUACAUGUGUCUACCGAAUUUCAUACUUGUACGUGAAAUGUCACGCGAAGGACACUUAAUUGAAAUGUUGUAGGUGGCGCUAUCGAGCCAUUUUGCCAAACCUAAUUCUGAAACCCAUAUCAGACGUAAAUUUUCACCACUUCUGACGCGUGUGCAGUUUCAUGAGUUUUCGAGCAUGUUUAGGCCCUCAAAAAUGCGAUUCAUUUUGGAGAAGAAGAAGAAUUGACCAAGCAAUUCCAAUAGGGUCCUCACACCAUCGGUGCUCGGGCCCUAAUUAAGAAAACAUCUUCAUCACUUUGACAACAAAUAUGCUGCAAAUACUCACAAUGCAACCAAAUACAGAAACGUGCUGCAAAUAGCACAGACCACAACGGAAAUGUUUCAAGAUGACCCCAACAAAUGACGAACCUGGUUGGAACAUACUUAUUGUUCAGUGUCUACCCGUCAGUGGUUUUGUCAAUGCCCUGAAAGGUGAGUGUUUUUGUUUAUUUUAACAUCCUGAUCGUAUGUGCUUUGUGAGUAUUUGCUGAGCGUUUCUGUAUGUGGUUGUGUUGUGAGUAUUUGCAGUGCGUUUCUGUAUUUGGUUGCGUUGUGAGUAUUUGGCUGCGUUGUGAGUAUUUGCAGUGCGUUUCUGUAUUUGGUUGCAUUGUCAGUAUUUGCAGCACGUUUCUGUUGGUUGCGUUGUGAGUAUUUGCAGCGUGUUUCUGUAUUUGGUUGCGUUGAGUAUUUGCAGCGCGUUUUUUUUGUAUUUGGUUGCGUUGUGAGUAUUUGCAGUGUUGUUUCUGUAUUUGGUUGCAUUGUGAGUAUUUGCAGCGCGUUUUGUAUUUGGUUGCGUUGUGAGUAUUUGCAGCGCGUUUCUGUUUGGUUGCGUUGUGAGUAUUUGCAGUGUUGUUUCUGUAUUUGGUUGCAUUGUGAGUAUUUGCAGCGCGUUUUUGUAUUUGGUUGCGUUGUGAGUAUUUGCAGCGCGUUUCUGUUUGGUUGCAUUGUGAGUAUUUGCAGCGUGUUUCUGUAUUUGGUUGCGUUGAGUAUUUGCAGUGCGUUUUUGUAUUUGGUUGCGUUGUGAGUAUUUGCAGCGCGUUUCUGUUUGGUUGCAUUGUGAGUAUUUGCAGUGUUGUUUCUGUGUUUGGUUGCGUUGUGAGUAUUUGCAGUGUUGUUUCUGUAUUUGGUUGCAUUGUGAGUAUUUGCAGCGCGUUUCUGUUUGGUUGCGUUGAGUAUUUGCAGUGCGUUUUUGUAUUUGGUUGCGUUGUGAGUAUUUGCAGCGUGUUUUUGUAUUUGGUUGCAUUGUGAGUAUUUGCAGUGUUGUUUCUGUAUUUGGUUGCGUUGUGAGUAUUUGCAGCGCGUUUCUGUUUGGUUGUGUUGUGAGUAUUUGCAGUGUUGUUUCUGUGUUUGGUUGCGUUGUGAGUAUUUGCAGCGCGUUUUUGUAUUUGGUUGCGUUGUGAGUAUUUGCAGCGCGUUUCUGUUUGGUUGCGUUGUGAGUAUUUGCAGUGUUGUUUCUGUAUUUGGUUGCAUUGUGAGUAUUUGCAGCGCGUUUUUGUAUUUGGUUGCGUUGUGAGUAUUUGCAGCGCGUUUCUGUUUGGUUGUGUUGUGAGUAUUUGCAGCGCGUUUUUGUAUUUGGUUGUGUUGUGAGUAUUUGCAGCGUGUUUUUGUAUUUGGUUGCGUUGUGAGUAUUUGCAGUGUUGUUUCUGUAUUUGGUUGCAUUGUGAGUAUUUGCAGCGUGUUUUUGUAUUUGGUUGCGUUGUGAGUAUUUUGCAGCGCGUUUCUGUUUGAUUGCGUUGUGAGUAUUUGCAGCGCGUUUCUGUAUUUGGUUGCGUUGUGAGUAUUUGCAGCGUGUUUUUGUAUUUGGUUGCGUUGUGAGUAUUUGCAGUGUUGUUUCUGUAUUUGGUUGCAUUGUGAGUAUUUGCAGUGUGUUUUUGUAUUUGGUUGCGUUGUGAGUAUUUGCAGCGCGUUUCUGUUUGAUUGCGUUGUGAGUUUUUGCAGCGCGUUUCUGUUUGGUUGCGUUGUGAGUAUUUGCAGCGUGUUUUUGUAUUUGGUUGCGUUGUGAGUAUUUGCAGUGUUGUUUCUGUAUUUGGUUGCGUUGUGAGUAUUUGCAGCGCGUUUCUGUUUGGUUGCGUUGUGAGUAUUUGCAGUGUUGUUUCUGUGUUUGGUUGCGUUGUGAGUAUUUGCAGCGCGUUUUUGUAUUUGGUUGCGUUGUGAGUAUUUGCAGCACGUUUCUGUAUUUGGUUGCGUUGUGAGUAUUUGCAGCGCGUUUCUGUUUGGUUGCGUUGUGAGUAUUUGUAGCGCGUUUUUGUAUUUGGUUGCAUUGUGAGUAUUUGCAGCGCAUUUCUGUUUGGUUGCGUUGUGAGUAUUUGCAGCACGUUUCUGUAUUUGGUUGCGUUGUGAGUAUUUGCAGCGCGUUUCUGUUUGGUUGCGUUGUGAGUAUUUGUAGCGCGUUUUUGUAUUUGGUUGCAUUGUGAGUAUUUGCAGCGCAUUUCUGUUUAGUUGCGUUGUGAGUAUUUGCAGCACAUGUUUUGUGAAACUGACGUUUUAUUAAUAUGCUGGUGUUUUUUCUAUUUGCAUGUGUUUUCUUCAGUUGCAGCGCGUUGAGCUCUCAGCCACCGUACUAAGAGACCCAAGCCAUAUAUUGGGUCCAGAAUGUUACUGACAGUUGGGGUGGAAUCUUUGGCCAGUAAGCAACUGCUCAGAACACCCUAGCAACCACAUAGAAACAUGCAAAAAAAAAAAAAAAAAUUCCCAGAAAGCCUUAGCAACUACAUAGCAAUGCCCUGCCAACCACGCACAACACAAUAGCUUUGUGACUUUGGCAUGGAUUACUCCGAUUUUCUUAAAAAAAAAAAAAAAAAAAAAAAGGAAAAAUCUGGUUGUUUUCACUUAGUGUCCAAACUCUCCAUAAGAGAUUUACAGUGUGAAUUACUGAAUUUCAAAUGGUGGAUCUUGGGGGCCAGAGGUUAAAGCAUAUCAGAGAAUGUUUGUUAUUCUAGCAGGAGCCUACUCCUGCUAGAAUCUGUUGUCUUCUUUUUAUAUUUAACCUUCUAUCCUCAGUUUUAAUGUAAGAGCAGGUGUAGCCAUUUUUAACGUGAAUGUGCGAGGCUUCUCGUGUCAGUUAUUUUAGAUGUACAAAAACAGUCCAUUAUGCUGCUUGAUGUUGCAAACUGGUAUUUGCUAUAAUUGUAUUUUGAUUUAUUAGGGUAAUCAUGAACACACUGGUUUGUAGCACAAAUAGUUUUAUCAUUCACUGCACUUUGUUAUUCUUCUAGUUGUUUACCUAUAGCAGCUAAUGAAUCGAAAGUCUCGCACAUUCACAUGAAAUAACUUACUUCCACAUAGAAAAAUAAGGUGGAUAAAACUGGGAAAACUUAAUAAUACUUAAUAAUAGAUAAUAGCUGUGUUUUAGCACACAAUCCAAAACCAAGCAAUCCAAACCUCUUAAAACUGAAUUCUCAUAAAGCAGGUCAUCAUAGUGUGUGACUGUGAGAGGCUGUGCAUUUAUCAGUCUUAUAAAUCAGUUUGUAAAUCAAGUGACGUGAUAUUAAGUGAAGGCCUGUGAAAGUUUGCAUGUCAAAUCUGUUUAAACUCAGUAAAAAUUUAUAAAGUGAGUUUUAAGGAAAA